AUGGUGAAGAUCAAGAGCAUUGAAUAUUUCCGGGUCCUGCCCCGAUGGCUGUUCGUCAAGGUCACUGACGAGGAGGGUCAAUAUGGCUGGGGUGAAAGUACGCUCGAGGGCCACACGGAAGCCGUGGAGGGAACACUGAAUGCGUUAUGCAAACGGUUUGAGGGUUACGAGGCCGAUGACAUCGAACACAUCUGGCAAAUGGCAUGGCGUCUAGGGUUCUACCGCGGCGGCCCUGUCUUCAUGUCUGCCAUUUCCGGAAUCGACAUUGCCCUCUGGGACCUCAAAGGCCGUCGUCUGGGUGUGCCAGUGUAUCAGUUACUCGGCGGCAAAGUUCGCCAGAAGCUCUCCGUCUACGCCUGGAUUGGCGGUGAUCGUCCCGGAGAGGUGGAAGCAGCCGGCAAAGCACGCCUGAUGCAGGGGUUCAAGGCCGUUAAAAUGAACGCCACCGAGGACGUCAACUGGCUGGACUCGCCCAGCGUCUUGGAUUCCAGCGUGGAGCGCCUGAAGACCGUCAAGGCCCUGGGUUUGGAUGCAGCCCUUGACUUCCACGGCCGCCUCCACAAGCCCAUGGCUAAACAAUUAGCCAAGGCCCUGGAGCCGCACCGCCCCUUGUUCCUGGAGGAGCCGCUCCUCUCUGAACACCCGGAGGGUAUCAAACAGCUCUCUGAUCAAGUGUCUUGCCCGAUCGCGUUGGGCGAACGGCUCUUUAGCCGCUGGGAUGUGAAGCGGUUCUUGGAGGAUGCGAGCGUCGAUGUGCUCCAGCCUGAUAUUAGUCACUGUGGCGGUAUCUCUGAAUUGCGGCGCAUUGCUUCCAUGGCGGAGACCUAUGAUGUCGCCAUUGCACCGCACUGCCCAUUGGGCCCUAUUGCUCUGGCCGCUUGUAUGCAGGUGGAUCUUGUCACGCCCAACUUCGUGAUCCAGGAGAUGAGCAUUGGGAUCCACUAUAACACCGAGGCUGGCGAGUACGAUAUCACGAGUUACGUCAAGAACCCUAAAGUGUUUGAUGUGCAUGAUGGCUAUGUCGAGGCGUUGAAUGCCCCCGGCUUGGGGAUUGAGGUGGACGAGGAGGUCGUGCGACGGGUGGCCCAGAAUACCCCGGCCUGGCAGCCCAAGGAGUUCUUUGGGCCGGAUGGGGCCAUUCGAGAAUGGUAG